UCUCUCUCUCUCUCUCUCUCUCUCUCUCGACUCAAAGCAUGGCGGCGGUGCUGGCGACACGGGCGUGCGAGACCGAGGGCUGCAGUAAAGAAGCCAAACUGCAGUGUCCCACUUGUAUUAAACUCGGGAUACAAGGAUCAUAUUUCUGCUCUCAGGAAUGUUUCAAAGGCAGCUGGGGUACCCACAAACUGCUUCACAAGAAAGCAAAGGAGGACAAAAAGGAUGAGGAAAAGAACUGUGUGGAGAAGGAGGUCAACACAGAUCCCUGGCCUGGAUACAAGUACUCUGGCAAGCUGCGACCUCACUAUCCUCUGACACCCAUGCGGCCUGUUCCAGGGCACAUUCAGAGGCCGGACUAUGCUGAUCACCCGCUGGGGAUGUCUGAGACGGAGCAGACCCUUAAAGGGACUUCGCAAAUUAAGAUCCUUACUCCUGAAGAGACUGAGGGCAUGAGAAUCGUCUGCAAGCUGGCGCGAGAGGUUCUCGACAUUGCUGCCAUGAUGGUGAAACCUGGAGUGACAACAGAGGAGAUUGAUCAUGCUGUACAUCUGGCAUGCACAGCGCGGAACUGCUAUCCAUCACCCCUCAACUAUUACAACUUUCCAAAGUCCUGCUGUACUUCAGUUAAUGAGGUCAUCUGCCAUGGAAUACCAGACCGCCGCACCCUACAAGAGGGGGACAUCCUUAAUGUGGACAUUACUGUUUUCCACAACGGUUACCAUGGAGAUCUGAACGAGACUUUUUUUGUGGGUGAAGUGGAUGAUGGGGCAAAAAGGCUGGUGCAGACUACAUAUGAAUGCCUUAUGCAAGCUAUUGAUGCUGUGAAGCCUGGUGUACGUUAUCGGGAGCUGGGGAACAUCAUUCAGAAACAUGCACAGGCUAAUGGAUUUUCUGUGGUGCGAAGUUACUGUGGUCAUGGCAUCCACAAACUCUUUCACACGGCACCCAACGUGCCGCAUUAUGCAAAGAAUAAAGCUGUUGGAGUGAUGAAACCUGGUCAUGUCUUCACGAUUGAACCCAUGAUCUGUGAAGGUGGUUGGCAGGAUGAGACAUGGCCAGAUGGUUGGACAGCUGUUACUCGAGAUGGGAAACGGUCUGCCCAGUUUGAACACACACUUCUGGUGACCGAAACAGGUUGUGAAAUUCUCACUCGUCGACUCGAUGAAAAUGGCCGUGCUCACUUCCUGUCACAGAUGUAGAGUGCUCGGGUGAGAAUACAAGCCCUUCCCCAGUGGAGGACACAUCCACUCCGCCCCUGUCACUGAUCAGCCAAUCACACUGUGGUUCUCUGUUGGGCAGAAGAUUAUUGGCCAAGUGGCCAUGGUAAUGGACUGUCUGAUUGGGCGAGAAGUGGAGAUUUGUUUAUUUAUGAAUUUAUCAUCUGAACAGUCAUAGGACUCAGCUUGGAUCUGAUCAGACUGGAAGGCACUGACCUUUGACCUGCUCGCAGUGCCACCACCCUUUGCUUGGAGUGUGUGUGUGUGUGUGUGUGUGUGUGUGUGUGUGUGUGUAUGCAUGAAUGAAUGAGUGAAUGAGUGAGUGUGUGUAUGUAUAUAUACAUACCUGCACACACUUUAUUGAAUGUUUGAGUUCAGGAUUAAUUGUGUGUGUCCUAGUAUGAAUGGUAUGCAUGUCAUGCAUUUCCACAUGAUACCAAACAGACUGGUUAAUAAAAUCUUACUGCAUUUUUUUUUCUUUCCUUUUUUGUUUAUCCUAAACAUACUCCCUGGCCAUAGCCUCCUGUUUACAAAAGAGUGCCUCAUGACAAACAAUGUCUUUCAUGAAGUUCCACCAGAGUGCAUCAGACCCUUCUGUUGUGGCUUAUUUAAAUAAAUGAUAUAAGUGAGGGUAUAGUUCAUUUGUUAUUGGCUGAUGCAGUACAGAAGUGUUCUGCAGGGUCGAUCUAACAUUGCUAGGUUUUUGGUCAUUGGUGCUGUGUGUGUGUGUGUGUCUGCAACCCAGUCAAACCCAUUUCACUGAUCUGCAUUCAAGCUGUAUUAAAGCAGAUUUUCCCUGUGGAUGGUCUCUAGGUUUUGUGUUGUUCACCCAAAUGUGAGUAAACUGUGUGUCUGUGUCUC